AUGUCCCUUAUUGUCGCUGCACAUCCUGUCCCGUUCAACGUGAUUCAGGAGCUUGUUGGAAGCAAAACACUUCCCGUCCUUACAGAUACCAACUCGCACCGCUUUUAUCUCCUGAAAGACUCGUGCGCCGGUUUUGCAGUCAACUACAGCAAAGUUCGGAGCAUCAUUCAGAGGGGCAAGCUCGCCAUUACUAAGCUGGUGCUCAGUGGGCAGGAGCUACACCAGUUUAAAAGCAUUGCCUUCUACGAAACUACGGCUUCGCACCUUGCCUUUGUCGAUCAAACUGGUUUUGCGCAACUGCUACAGUUGUGCGGAGUCUCCGAAGCUGCUCGCGAGGGAUUGUUGCGGGUAGAGGAGAACUCGGUGUCUUUUACACAAGUUGCUGUUUCGCCUGCAGCCACACCAACUACACCAAUAUCGUCUGGUGCGGAUGUUCCGUAUCCCUCGCCGCCAUCAGGAAGUGCCGCCUUUACGCCAGCGUCACACCCUAGUGGUACUGUUGGAACCAAUGCUCCGUUAUUCGAGCCGCGAGCCACACGCGACUGUGAGAUGUCGGAGCAAUCAACCCGCGAAACGAGCUUUAACAGAAGCUUCAACACCGAGUUCAACACCGGCACAAGCGACGCAGCAUUCAGCGAUGACGAAGACACAAUUGAGUCGGAUCUGCGACUUUCUAGAAGGGAAAAAAUGACGGAUGUAGACGACGCGGACCUUGCAAACGGAAUAAAGUCGGUCAUCAAAUUCAAGUGUUACACACUCCAGGACUUUGAAAUGACGACGUUGAACCACUCCGAGUUCCACCACUUGCGAGAGUUUUUCAGCACCCCACGACCGCGCGCCAAAGGAAUCAACCGAGUGCGCAAUCCUCAGACGAUCGCCAAGAGUCGUGAACGAAUUUGCGGGUUUCUCGGCUGGCUGAAGCAAUCGGGACGCGUAAAGCAACCAUCGUUUAAAGACUUUCACGACUUGGACCUUUUCUUGUUUCUAGAAGCGAUUCGCUGCCAGAAAAAAGUGGUCGACAGCCUGCUAGUUGACGCACAGGACAGCCGGCUUCCGGCGCAAGUGCAAAAAUACUUGGCGCUCGCUUUCUACGCGGCGAUUCCACCCUCCAGAAGCAAAGAGAUUCGACUUCUUUUGGACCGAAUCCUUACCGAGUCAGAAAGUCGAACCUCGCUACAAAAUCACAUCACCCUUGUUCAGGGGCGCCAUGUGAUUGUUGUAAGCGACUACAAAAACAGUCUUUAUAAUGGGACAAGAGACGCCAUCGAACUCCCUGACGAUUCAAGCAUAAUUUUAAAGUAUCUUACAUACUUUCUCCAGCCGAUAGUUCGUGCGCGAGUUACGUCGGGGAAAAAACACGGCUAUCUUUUCUGCAAAAACAACGGUGACGCAUUCGACAGCGCGGGCGAAUGGUCGGCGUAUCUCGCCAGGAUUGUCGAAAAGCACAUCGGAAUCGCCAACAUUUCCAGUAACGCCUUGCGCCAUUCUUUCACGACGUAUAUGGAGUCUGCAGUGGAAAGUGACCAUGUUCGGCUACGCGAGAGCACCGCGUACGCAAUGCGCCAUAACAUCAGGAUCCAGCAACACACAUACAACAACACCCCGUCUAUAGAACGCAAAAGAAAAGCGGUCGACUUUGCUAGUCGCGUGUUCAAGCGCAUAGUGCUGGAAGAUUCGGCAACGGAAGCGGACUCCGACAACGGCGCACCACCCCUUGGAGCACUUGUAGGAACGAAACUGCUAAAUGGACGACCUGGAUUUGGAAAAGUAGUGCGUAUCGAGAACGCCAACGCCAUCAUAAUGCUAUUAACGCCGCGCCAGACCGAAGGGGCAACUUUGAGCGAAUAUGUCGCUGACAUCGGAAGUCUAUUACGACGCAACAUAGCUAGGGAGAUUCUUUAUCCUAUUGAUGGUGUUUAUACUAGAGAGCAAGGGGUGUAUGAGGUCUUUACGUCUUUAGAAGAUGUGAAAAGGAUGUUGGGGCGCCAUGUGAUUGUUGUAAGCGACUACAAAAACAGUCUUUAUAAUGGGACAAGAGACGCCAUCGAACUCCCUGACGAUUCAAGCAUAAUUUUAAAGUAUCUUACAUACUUUCUCCAGCCGAUAGUUCGUGCGCGAGUUACGUCGGGGAAAAAACACGGCUAUCUUUUCUGCAAAAACAACGGUGACGCAUUCGACAGCGCGGGCGAAUGGUCGGCGUAUCUCGCCAGGAUUGUCGAAAAGCACAUCGGAAUCGCCAACAUUUCCAGUAACGCCUUGCGCCAUUCUUUCACGACGUAUAUGGAGUCUGCAGUGGAAAGUGACCAUGUUCGGCUACGCGAGAGCACCGCGUACGCAAUGCGCCAUAACAUCAGGAUCCAGCAACACACAUACAACAACACCCCGUCUAUAGAACGCAAAAGAAAAGCGGUCGACUUUGCUAGUCGCGUGUUCAAGCGCAUAGUGCUGGAAGAUUCGGCAACGGAAGCGGACUCCGACAACGGCGCACCACCCCUUGGAGCACUUGUAGGAACGAAACUGCUAAAUGGACGACCUGGAUUUGGAAAAGUAGUGCGUAUCGAGAACGCCAACGCCAUCAUAAUGCUAUUAACGCCGCGCCAGACCGAAGGGGCAACUUUGAGCGAAUAUGUCGCUGACAUCGGAAGUCUAUUACGACGCAACAUAGCUAGGGAGAUUCUUUAUCCUAUUGAUGGUGUUUAUACUAGAGAGCAAGGGGUGUAUGAGGUCUUUACGUCUUUAGAAGAUGUGAAAAGGAUGUUGGUACGGUAG